AUGGAAGUCCCUAUUUCUCCAAUGGACGAUAAAGGCUCGCCGUAUUCCACAGCAUCUUCGGGGUCGACGACAACGUUUGUCGAAGAAUGGACGCCGUCGCAUUCAAAAACGUCUUCAGCUUCGAAGCCUGCGGCACGGCCAAAAUUAAAGACAGUACGAAUUGCAAUUGUCGGAACUGGAUUGUCAAGUCUGACGACUGCCUACCUAUUAUCGACGUGUGAAGCAGAAAAAUAUGGAGUACAUUUGGUGGUCGAUCUUUUUGAACGAGGCUCUUCCAUUGGCAUGGAUGGCCAAAGUUUGACAGUUGAAGUUGGAGAAACGAAACGGCCGCAACGAAUUGAUACCCCUUGGCGAACUUUUAAUCCUGGUUAUUAUCCUAAUUUGACUGGUCUGUACAGAUACCUGGGAAUCAACUUUUAUCGGAAUCGCUUGAGCUUUGGAUGGUUUCAUUUGGACGAGCUACCUCAAAUGUUCCCCCCUAUGGAAACUCACGAGUCGCUUUCGACCGUACGAACUUCGUAUUGGUCCCCGUUUGCGACCCCGCGCAGUAUUUCGCGCACACUAAAACAUUGGGUUGUCCAGUUUUCGGGCGACGUUAAUUCUGGUCCUUCGCUAACACUCGCGAGUCUCUGGAAUGUAUAUAAGUGGUGUGGCAGUAUAUUUCGGUUACUGGCUAUUUGGUUUGGCUACGUGUUGUUUUUGUGCGUCUGCUCUUACCAUGGCCGCCGUGGCCAUUACCGUCCGGGUGCUACGCAUCCCAUUCAAAAAAAAACGGUGCGACAAUACGUCGAGUCCGCUUGGUACCUGCCCUCGAGCUUUGUUCGGCUCGUUCUACUUCCCAUGCUUAUGACCUUGUGCACCUGUUCUAGCGAGCAGUUGCUCGAGCACCCAAUCGCUCCUCUCCUUGAGUACAAAUGGAAGACGCACAGGGGUACACAUAUGCUGGUAUCUGAUGGUGUGCGGCAGGUUGUUCGGCGGCUGAUCGAAAAAGUGGACAAUGUCUACUGUAAUGCUGGCAUAACAGCUCUCGAAUACGUUCCCGUUAGCGAUGGCGUUGACAAUUCGCUACGAGUCCGUCUUGUACUCGAGGAUGGUCGUUCAAUUAUUUACGACCAUGUUAUUCUCGGCGUUUCCCCCAAAUCAGCUCUUAAUCUAAUGAUAGCCGCGGAAACUACCGCCGAGCUUCUCCCACAUCAAGUGAAUUCUCUUAAGCUUGCUUUACAGCGUUCGAAUGCCAGUCGUGCCAUCGAUGCCUUUUCCAAAGCUGCACACAAUCGCGUGGUUGUAAUGACUCACAAGGACACCACUAUCUUUCCAGAGUGUAAGCGUCUACCUCGUGUUGUUGUUGGUUCUACAGAUUCGCAACGUACCAUGGUGACGCAUAUUUCGGCGCCCGGUAUCUAUCAAACAACUAUGCUUCUUGAGGAAAAUCUUCCGACGCUGGAUUCUAUUCUAUCGAUAUCCCGCUAUGUCCGGUUUGUACUCACCAUGCCAUGGAUGCGUGCGCGUUCCGAGUUUUGCACCGAGACUGGUUGCUGUGGUCCGGUACAGGGACCUAACAUUUGGUACGUUGGAUGCUGGUGUCACAAUGGACUGCCUUUGAUGGAGGGCUGUGUAAAUAGUGCUAGUGCUUGUUUCCUUCAGUUGACCAAAGUGUUGUCGAUACCUGCUUUUAUUCCUUGGGAACCUUCUCAUGACUUUAUGCCUUCUGCCGAGGAACCAUUUCAUUAG